GAUGUUCGAAAUGUCAUGAUAUGUCAAAAUUCCUGUCCCUAUUUAUUCAAAAAACAUCUGUAUUUCUGAAGACAAAUCCUAUUAUUGCGGCGAUGUCCAGAAGAAGUGGUUUCCACAGAGCUCCAAAAUUUAAACCAGAUAUGAAACUUUUAAGCAAUGCAACUCGACCUUUUGUGAUGUCGAGUAAGAAGGAGAAAGUGGAAGUUCUGCGAGCACCCAUCAAAUCUGAGUCUGAUAAAAAAGUUUACAAGACAAUAAGAUUGGAAAAUGGCUUGACAGCACUACUGAUAUCAGACCCUAGCCGUCCAUCGGUCAACGAUGACAAUAGCUCCAGUGAGGAAGAAAGUAGCAGUGCCGAGGAUACCUCUGGGCCAGAGAGUGAUGGAUUCAAAUCCGACCAAUCUGGUUCUAGUGACCAGCAUGGCACUAAGCGACGUGGAGAGUUUGACGAGGAAAAAAUGGCCGCAUGCGCGCUCAGCGUGAGCGUAGGCAGCUACAGCGACCCGCCCGACAUCCAGGGGCUGGCGCACUUCGUCGAGCACAUGGUCUUCAUGGGCAGCGAGAAGUACCCCAAGGAGAACGACUUCGACUCCUUCAUCAAGAAAAAAGGCGGUUCAGACAAUGCGUCGACGGACUGCGAGUCGACCACCUUCUACUUCGAGAUCCAAGAGAAGCACUUACCCCAAGCAAUGGACAUGUUCAGUCAGUUCUUCGUGUCCCCGCUCAUGAGGAAAGAGGCCAUGCAGAGGGAACGAGAGGCCAUCGAGUCUGAGUUCGCAAUAGCGCAUCCAUCAGACUCGAAUCGCAAGGACCAGCUGUUAUCCAGCACUUUCCCCGCGGGCCAUCCAGCUCGCACCUUCACCUGGGGAAACCUGCAGAGUUUGCGAGAUGACAUCAACGAUGACGAUCGCCUAUACCAGGCCGCGCACGAUUUCAGGAAGAGGCACUAUAGCGCGCAUAGGAUGACCGUGGCUGUCCAGGCCCGCAUGGAUCUAGACGCGCUUGAAAACUACGUAGUCAGCACGUUCGGGCAGAUUCCCACCAACAAGCUGCCGCCCGACGACUUCACGCAGUGGGCCUUCAAGCCCGACUACGUCACGCCGCAGUUCCGCGGCAUAUUCUACGUCAAACCCGUCGGGGAUACUACCGAGGUUCAUCUAACGUGGUGCAUGCGCUCUCUAAAAUCGGAAUACCAGUCUAAACCACAUCAGUACAUCUCUUUCUUACUCGGUCACGAAGGCAAGGGCAGUCUGCUUUCUUACUUGAGGAAAAAGGUUUGGGCUCUUGGCAUUUACACUGGCAACUCUGAAAGCGGUAUCGACUACACCUCAAUGUACAGUCUCUUUUCCACACAAAUCGUUCUCACCAAGAAUGGCCUGGAACACGUUGACGAGGUCUUAGAAGCGUUAUUCUCGUAUAUACACAUGUUGAAACAUAUUGGUCCAUCAGAGAGAAUAUUCAACGAGAUCAAAACAAUAGAAGAGACAGGUUUCCGAUUCGACGAGGAGUCGCAACCGUCCGACUACGUAGAAAUGUUAGCGGAGAAUAUGCACCACUACCCGCCAGAACAUUACAUCACUGGAGACAGGCUCUACUACAAGUACGAUCCUAAGGGUAUAACCGAGCUUCUAGACUGCAUGCGAGCGGACAACGUGAACAUCAUGAUCCUGUCCAACAAACACGCCGCGCCCGUGCCCUACGACUCCAAGGAGAAGUGGUUCAGCACGCAGUAUCUCAGGAAAGAUGUUCCCAAAGACUGGCUCCACCGUUGGCUUUCUGUAGAACCGUACCCCAGCUUCCAUUUACCAGAAGAAAACGUCUACAUAACCACAGACUUCGACCUGAUAGAACCCGCCGAGCCCUACGUCAAAGUGGCCCACAAACUAGGCCUGGAUUUAAGCAACAAUUCAGUGAAAGAUAUUCAUAAGAAAGUCAGUUCCAGUCCGGAGGAAACGCAAGUGCUGACCCAUGGCGAUCUAAUUGCUACGGUUAAUAAUUUCAGAUUGGACCAACCGAAUUUAAUCCGCAAGAACCGCCACAUGGAGGUGUGGUACAAGCCGGACUUCAAAUUCCGCUUCCCCACCGCCUUACUCUAUUUCUACUUCAUCACACCGCUCAGCCUCAAAUCACCGAGAGAAGCAUGCCUCAUGGAUUUAUGGAACGACGUAUUACAACAAGGUCUCAAGGAAGAAGUGUAUCCAGCUAACAUGGCGGAUCUCCUACAUUCUAUGUAUGUCUCAGACAAGGGGAUUGCAAUGAAAGUGCAAGGGUAUAGUCAGAAUUUGCACUUACUGGUGGACAUGGUGACGCGAGAAAUGCGCGGCGCAGCAACCAAUCUCUCCUCGGAUAUGUUCGAGGCGGUUCGGGACGUGCGCGCGCGCUCGUAUCACAACGUGUUGCUACGCCCACACAAACUUGCGAAGGACGUCCGCAUGAACAUACUUCUGGAGCGGUACAUAUCGCUCCGCGACAAGGCGAUGCUCGUGCAAAACGUAACGUUGGAGGAACUGCGCGCUUUCAGCGAGUCGCUACUCGACCACAUGUAUAUGCAGGUGCUAGUUCAAGGUAACGUCCCGUGGCACGAGGCCAUCCGCAUCUCAGAAAACGUCAGGUCCAACAUCAAGUUCGAAGGACUUUUGCCUGAAGAAAUGCCAGUGCUGAAGGUGCACCAGCUGCCCCUAGGCGAGCACAAGAUCCGUGUGCUGAGCCUCAACCCGGUGUCUUCGAACAGCAUCGUUACUAAUUACUACCAGACUGCGGCCACCACGCCUAAGGAAACCGCCAUCUUGGAGGUCAUCAUGAUGCUGAUGGAAGAACCCGUGUUUGACAUGUUGCGAACGAAGGAACAGCUGGGCUACAGCGUUUUCAGCAUGAUGCGCUACACAUUCGGUGUUCUGGGCUACUCUAUAACCGUCAACACGCAAGUGGACAAGUUUAGUGUAGCGCACGUAGACGCGCGAGUAGAAGUGUUCCUGCGCAAAUUUGCUCGCGACAUGCGCAAGCUGAGCGAGCGCUCGCUGCAGACCACCAAGACGGCGCUCGUGCAGCUCAAGCACACCACCGACUACGAGCUCAAGGAGGAGGUGGAAAGAAAUUGGAGGGAGAUUGUGAGCAUGGAAUAUGAAUUCCAGAGACAUUUCAUUGAAGCGGACGCCAUAGAGCAGGUCAAGACAUCCGACAUCAGGGCUUUCGUCGAGAAUAACUUCGCCACCGGCAACCGGUCUCGAUACAGGAAACUUUCCGUCCAGGUGAUGGGCAACAAAGUGGACAACAAGGUGAUAUCCCCGCCCAACCAAAUGAAGAACUACAACUUAAGAUACCUCGACGCGAGCCAGCCUAUCGGGGACACGCCCGAGAAUAACGCUAACUUCAUCAUGGACAUGGAGGCUUUCAAGAAAGACCUCCCCAUCUACGACAUCCCUAAAGUGGAGCUAGGUCAAUGUUAGAUGGUACAGUCAACGGCUCAUCACACUACUUUCAGUUGAAAAUUCGAACCUAUUACCACUACAUAAGUAUUAAAAGCUGAUGUGCCGUCGUCUGUACUGUCAAAACUCGACCAGUCUCACGGUAAUUCAACCCAAAAACUACAUAGAUUAAUAUUUAAAUGACGCUUACUUGAGAUCAUGUGAAUUCUAAUAAAUGAAGACCGUUGAAAAUUGCGAAA